UAGAACUUAAGGAUCUGCAGUUCUCACUAGAAAGUCUUUAUAAGAAAAAUUUAGAUUUGAAAGUUCUUGCAAACAUGAAGUCAAGCAAGUCAAAUAGAUCAAGAAACCAAGAAAAUGCUGGAAGAGAUGGUGAAGUUCAACGAAGUCUGCGUUUUGAAGAAGCAUGUGAAAUGAUGAAAAAGAAUGCUGCAAAGUUUCUUGACAGCAAUUUACUUUCGGAUUCUUCCUCUUCUGAAGAUGAACUAGAUGAUUCAGCUAUCAUAGAAAAUACUUUCUCCCAUUAUAGUGUGGAUGAAAAUCUUAAUCUUAAAAAAACAAGAGAAUUUUUACAAGAUAUAUUAACAUCUGGAGCAGUGGUCUGUCUGAUAUGCAUUGAAUCAGUCAAAAGAAAUGAUAAGAUAUGGUCAUGUCGACAUUGCUUUUGUAUGCUUCACCUGUCUUGUAUUCAAAAAUGGGCUAAAGAUAGCUUGUUUAAUUUAUCAGCAAACUCUGAAAGGGAUCAAGAUAUAAAAUACUUGAAGUGGUGCUGCCCAAAAUGCAGAAGUCAAUAUUCCAGUGAAGAAAGGCCUACAAAAUGCUUUUGUUUUUGUGGGAAGAUUGAAAAUCCAUCAUAUGAUGUAUGGAAUGUCCCUCAUUCUUGCGGAAACUCGUGUGAUAAAAAACUAGAACCAGACUGUGGUCAUACUUGCUGUUUGUUAUGUCAUCCAGGUCCAUGUCCACCAUGCCCCAAAACUGUUCUCGUAUCUUGUUGCUGUGGGAAAAGCAAUACUGUUUCCAGAAGAUGUAGUAAUAAAGAAUGGUCUUGUGGGAAAACGUGUGGCAAAAUUUUAUCCUGCAAAUUACAUUUAUGUGAUGAGCUUUGUCACCAAGGUGCAUGUCCUCCUUGUAAAAAGCAGAGCAAACAGAAAUGUCAGUGUGGCAAAGAAACAAAACUCAUGCCUUGUAAUGAUCCAGAUUGGAAAUGUGAAAAAGUGUGUGGUAAACUUCUGAAAUGUGGAAAUCAUUACUGUGAAACUGUUUGCCACAAAGGACCUUGUUUGGGAUGUCCUAAUUCGGGUCCAAGGCCAUGCCCAUGUGGAAAAAAAAUGUCGUCAUUACCUUGCACUGAUAACAUUAUUCCUUGUGGAGACACAUGCAAUAAGCUUUUGGAAUGCGAGUUACAUCGUUGCACUCAGAGAUGUCAUUUUGGCCCCUGUGAAAAAUGCCUGCAAAUGCGGGUCAUGUUGUGCAGAUGUGGACAGCGAGAAAAGUCUGUACCUUGCUGCAAAGAAUUUUUAUGUGAUAUAAAAUGCAAACGUAAACGAGACUGUGGAAAGCAUUCUUGCAAUAAAAAAUGCUGCAUUGGCAAUUGUCCUCCAUGUGAAAUGCCAUGUGGAAGGGUGCUAAACUGUGGAAAGCAUAAGUGUUCUAGUGUAUGUCAUCCAGGACCUUGUUAUCCUUGUCGUGAAGUACUGACCAUUACUUGCAAUUGUGGAGCUACCAAAAUUAAUGUGCCAUGUGGAAGGAAAAAAUCUGUUCCUCCACGAUGUUCUGCUGAUUGCAAGAUUCGCCCUGAUUGCCACCAUCCAGCAAGGCAUAAACAUAAAUGUCAUUUUGGUUCAUGCCCACAAUGUAUUUUAAUUUGUGGAAAGACGCUGACUUGUGGCCAUACAUGUCCUGUAAGAUGUCAUUCUGCAGUCCUAACUAAAAUUGAAGUGAAGACGAAAAAAGAAGGGCCUUGGGAUUUGCUUAAUUCAUAUAAAAUGCAGUUACUAUGUAAACCUUGCCCUCCAUGUGUGGUACCUGUACCUUUACCAUGUUUAGGCAAUCAUGAAAUUUUGAAUUUUCCUUGUUGUGAAGCUCGAAGAACAUCUUGUGGUAGACCAUGUGGACGGGAACUUUCAUGCGGAAACCAUUCAUGCUCUUUAGAAUGCCAUGACACUGGGAAUGCAAAUGACACAAUGCAAACUGACAAAUGUAUUACUUGCAAUGAAGUUUGUCAGAAGCCAAGACCAUUUGGAUGCAAUCAUCCUUGCAGGCGUCCUUGUCAUCCUGGAGACUGCAAUCCUUGCACUCAGCACAUAAAGAUGAAAUGCCACUGUGAAAUCAAUACGAUAUAUGUUGCUUGUUCUGAAUGGGUAGAUGCAGAUGAUUCUAAAAAGAAUGCACUAAUGUCUUGCUCAAACAGAUGUUGUAAAAAGAUGUCGUGUGGUCAUCGCUGCAUUUUCCCAUGUCACCCUGGACCUUGUGCUGACAGAGAUAAUUGUAAAAAGAAAAUUAUUCUUCGAUGUUCAUGCAAAAGAAAGAAAAAGGAAAUUCGAUGUUGCACGCAGAUUAAAGAUAAUACAGAUCUGUUGUGUGAUUCUGAAUGUUUCAUACAGAAAGAAUCAAUGACAGCUUUAGAACGUGCUGAAUUUCAGAAAAAGAAGCUCGAGAAAGAAAAACAACAAGAAGAACUUGAGAGCUUCUUAAGGAAACAGGAGGGAAAGAAAAGGCGUAAAAAAAAGAUCAGUGAAAAUGACAUAAAUACAAAUAGCUCUGUUAAAAAAUUCAUGAUUUUUGCUAGCAUUUUUUGCAUUAUAAGUGUCUUUUUUUGUGUGUCAAGAUUUUGCUUGUGAAUUCAAAAAUAACAAAACUAGUUUAUAUUGAGUUUAAUAUUUUUGCAGAUAUACAGGAUGUGAAGAAGAUUGAUAGAUUAACAAAAAUUAUAUAACAUGUAACAGGAAGUAUGCUGAUAAUUAGUCUUUGAAAUUGUCUCAAAUAAAAUAUUCAAAUGAUUUCAUUUA